GUGGUCACUCAUCUAUUACACUUUGUCUGCGGUUAUUGAAGGAAGCCUGCGAUCACUCAUCUACGCCUAUUGGGUGGUCACUCAUCUAUUACACCUUGUCUGUAGUCGUUGAAGAAAGCCUGUGGUCACUCCUCUACACCUAUUGGGUGGUCACUCAUUUACACCUAUUGGGUGGUCACUCAUCAGUGGUCACUCAUCUACACCUAUUGGGUGGUCACUCAUCAGUGGUCACUCAUCUACACCUAUUGGGUGGUCACUCAUCAGUGGUCACUCAUCUACACCUAUUGGGUGGUCACUCAUCAGUGGUCACUCAUCUACACCUAUUCAGUGGUCACUCAUCUACACCUAUUCAGUGGUCACUCAUCUAUACCUAUUCGGUGGUCACUCAUCUACGCCUCUAUUCGGUGGUCACUCAUCUGCACCUAUUCGGCAUUUACACCUAUUGGGUGGUCACUCAUCUACACCUAUUGGGUGGUCACUCAUCUACGCCUAUUCAGUGGUCUACCCAUGUGCUGAGUUGUGGAAAGAAGAUAGAGACUAAGAGACAUGUCUUCAGCCUCAAGAGAUGUGGCAAACAUGAUGCUGAUUUGUCAGGAGCAGCACCUCUGCAAAAAGCACAUAAGGUACAACAUCAACAGUUGAUGCAGCAGAGCAGCGGCUGAGAUGGAGGAAGGUCCUGUCUGUGGAGAUGUUGAGGUGUGGUCUUUACUUAUUAUCAGGCAUGUGGAUGAACUUUGACCUCUGGCCAGCUAGAAAUGGUCAAUUAAGUGAGAGGUUACAGAGUCUACUAUUAUUGGUAUCGGGCAUCUUGGUAAAUCUGGACCUUUGAACGGGUAUCCGGCAUCUUGGUAAAUCUGGACCUUUGGUCGGGUAUCCGGCAUCUUGGUAAAUCUGGACCUUUGGUCGACUAGACAUGGUUAAGUGAGAGACAUGAAAGAGGAAAUGUUUCGUCAUAUCAGGCAUGUUGGUGAACCUUGACCUGCGAUCAACAAGAAAUAGUUGAUUGAAAGAUUGCAGAGGAAUUUAAGUAACAGACCUGAAGUCAUGUACACUUAGGUGCGGAAAAGACUCUCAUGAAAAGCUAACUGAGAGAAGAAGCUGUCUUGCUUAAAAUGUUGCGAUUUUCACCAUACCCAAGGAAAGAAGAGUGUACUGAAACUUAGAAAUAUCAUUUUUAUCAAAUUUAAAAAAAUAGGGGUUACUGCAGGGGAAGUAAGUGAGAAUGACGGGCCAUCUGAAACUGCCUUCUCAAGAUGAAGAAUGUCUGGAUAGUGAAAGUGAAAAUAAGUCUUCAGUUUUAGAACCAGCUGUGUCCUUUGCGAAGGUACAGGCAGACAAGUGUUUUAAGUGCUCAAAAUGCUCUAAAACUUUCUCGCGAAGGACAACUUUAACCAGGCAUGAAAGGAUUCAUGAUGUAAAAAAGUGCCAUGUCUGUUCUUUGAUAGUUUCCAGUCUGAAAGAAUUGAACGCUCACCUAAAAAAUGAGCAUGGUGUCAGCCAAGAGUUCUCCUGUAAUUUAUGCAAGCAGACAUUCUCUGAGAAAUCUCUACUGAGAAAACAUCACUUGUCUUCACAUUCCGACCACCGCCCGCACAGAUGUGGGGUGUGUGGGAAAUCGUUCCGCUACUCGACCCACUUACGGGACCACCAGGUGACCCACAGCACGCACAAGCCGUUCCAGUGCGACUUCUGCGACAUGACCUUUCACCUGAAGCGUGGCCUGGUGGCACAUCGCCGCACACACACGGGGGAGAGGCCUUUCAGCUGCGAGGUUUGUGGUCUGUCCUUCUCUCAGCACGGGAGCCUGAAUCGCCACCGACUCGUCCACUCAGGGAACAAGAAAUAUCUCUGCGACCUCUGCAACAAACGCUUUGCCAGCAAGGCCGAUGUCAAAUGGCACACAGAGAGGCAUCUAGGGGAGAGAUUGCACGCCUGUAAGAUCUGCGGCAAACGUUUCAACAGUUAUAAAACGCUGAUGUCUCACAAGUAUGUUCACCGUGUGGAGAGGCCGUACAUUUGUGAUGUUUGUGGGAUGGCGUUUAAAUUGAAGGGGGCGCUUAUGAAUCACCGUAUGCUUCACUCGGGGCUGAAACCCUUCCAAUGUGAUCUUUGCGACAAAACGUUUGCAAGAAAGAACGAUAUGAUGAUGCACAGAAAGCGACACUCGGGGCUCAAACCCCACCAAUGUGACAUCUGCCUGAAAGUCUUUUGCAGUAAAAGUGAGAAAAUGGGCCAUCGUAAGAUUCACACCCAGGAGCGGAUGUACGUCUGUGAGAUUUGCGGCAAAGACUUCAACCAGAAAAGAAACCUGGCGAAGCACCAGCAGCUCCACACGGCACCCAAAAAGUUCCAGUGCGGCGUGUGCGACAAGCGCUUCCCGUUCGACAAAGAUCGGCGGGAGCACGAGCUCAUCCACACCCGGGAGCGGCCGCACAGCUGCGACAUUUGCGGGAAAACUUUCCGGCAGAAAUCUCACUUGCGCGGCCACCGUCUGACACACUCAAGCGAGCGACCUUACAAAUGCGACGUCUGCGAUAAAGGAUUCACCAUGAGGUGGAGACUUAACUUUCACCGUCAGUCCCACACGUGCGGGUCGAGAACAAACUUGUCGCUUAAAAGUAGUGAAAACUCCAACGCUGCCUCCGCCGUAACGGAUAACCCUCGGAAAGGCCAAAGUUCACACGGAAACGGGAAACUUGAGGCGGAUGCCACUGUCACUAGAGACCGUGUCCUCUUGGAGCCACAGGCAGAGCCUGCAUUUAGCCACAGUGGCUCCACAACACAGCUGUGUCACUUCCCCUCGCAGGUUUUUCCCGCCACUCCUGGGGCCAUGACAGUUCCAGCCAAACGAGAUAAUGAGGUGACCAGAUUUAGCGCAGGGGCAGAUUGUGCGACAACGUGGCAGCAGCACAUCCUCCGAAGUCUUGCCCUCGGUGACCUUGAGCUCACUACUAACCCUGUCACGGGGACAGACGUCAACAAAGUGAAAAGACAUGGUCGCUGUCAUGUCCAGGGUCAAGGUCAUGAUGACUUUCAAGGCCAAGGUCACACCAACCUUCAAGACCAAGGUUACACCACUGACCUUCAGGGUAAGAGCGGGGAUUUCAUUACAUCUCGUCUACUUCCUUCGAGGGUGACUGGUCUAUCUGACACUACGACAAAUUCUUUUUCUACCGGAAGGGGUUGCCAUGCACCUGUCCCGAGUCGACUGAAUGUACAGCGUUGUUGUAGUGUGAGUACGGGCCAGGCGACCCCGUCUAGCGGAGCUGUGUUUGAUUCUUACUCGAGAAGCGGACUGUUGCAGGAUGUCUCUUUUCCCAGCUCGUUCCCAGAGCCUCAAGGAAAAAGCAGUUCGCUGUGUGACAAUUUUGUGACUAGUGAAGGGGGUCCUGGGUACGCAACGGCUUUCUCAUCUUCGACGUUCGGUGGUUCUGGUCAACCAAAUAUGUCCGCCUUUUCACUGUCGGUGGCGGAGAGUGGUGGUCAGAGGAAUCAAAAUCUCUCUCAGCACCAAGGUGCGUUAAUCAAGAGGGUGGACUGUCAGACAAGUGGAAAGGAAAAGGUUGUUAGGAAUACGCAUAUCGACAGAAAUACGCAUAUCGACAGAAAUGAACAGGUCAGAAAGAAUGGACAGAUAGGCGGACAAGGACAGGCACACGUCCAUUUUGGCGAAAGAACUGCUGGGCAGGGAGAUACUGGCACCGAUGGACAGAUAGGUGGCGACGUGAUACAGAUGGGGAGUAAUGAGGAAACAGGAAAAAAGUUUGGGUUGUCCGACAGACACGGACGCAAACUCAAUGUGUUGUUUGGGGACGUAAAAGAUAUGGAUGUUGUGGAUAGAGCUGUUUGUCACCGUACCCAGCUAGUUAAAAAUACUUCUUCUCUCACAGACAAACCAUUUCCUGUCAAGCUUGAUGACGUUUCCGCUAGGAACGUGAGUUACACAACUUCGGAAGAAAUUUCGGAACGUGCAAGGAUUACGAUGGUGAAGGAGGGCCACUCAGAAAGAGAAAUUUUCCGAAAGGAGAACGAUGGGGAUAUUAUAAACUUUAAAUGUGGAAGUAGGAAUCUUUCCGAUGAGGUGAUCACAUCUCAAGGAGAAGUGCAGGUGGAGAGGCUGGAGGAAAUUCUCCCAAAUGUCCGUCGGUAUGAAGAAAGAUCACGUGUGACCUUUCGUGGGGCGCAAGAAAUGAGGGGUGAGAUCGGGGCCGCGAGUCCAUCUGUUUGUGGAAGCUCAAAUAAUAAUGUACAGAAGUCAGAUCCUGAUGGAAGGAAUAGGGCAGGGGGCAUGCUGGCUGUGGCUAUUCCGGUGGAUAAAUCUCGGGGAAUUGGUGAAAGUUGUGAAGG